AGUGAGCGCGGGAGCCUCGCCGAGUGAGCAAGGGGCCAGUCCGCUACGAAGGCCGUUCUUACCUCUCUGUCGUGUGUUAAGUUUACAGAGAUUUUGAUAUAUAACGAUUUCUUCAGAAACUUGACUAUGUAUGUAACUGUGCUGUGGACGGCGCUAAGCCUGGCACUCGGGGUCGAGGUCCAGGGAGAGAUCAUCCGGGGUCUGCCAUGCAUCCAGAGACACAAUCAGCUGUUUUGCCGCACAGCUGGCACGUCUUACCCAACUGAAAAGAUCGAGCGGUUCAUCGACGAAAACAAAGCCCUUAUGCGAAGAAUGUAUGGUGAAUUUCUAGAUAAUUUCGACACUAUACAGCAGUCGAUCCAGCAAUCCCAGAGCGGUGGUCGUACCUUCCGCACGGGUCGUUCCGUCGAGUCCUUCGCCGACCAGAUUCCCGAGCUCAUGAUGGACUACCACCCGGACGACCAGCGUGGCGAGUCGUUCUUCAGUCACAUCCGCAACAAGCGCCAGUCUCUCCCGGGCAGCAUAAACACCAACCCGGACAGAGUCGAUUCGUGCGAGAGCAAGACCGAGAUCGUGACCCCCUACUGGGCCAACAACUCGGCAGGCAAAGUGAGGGCCAUUGUCAACACCAACGAGUUUUCACAGGCCAUCCACCAGGAGGUUUGCGUCAAGCAGUCGACGAAGAGGUGCGGGGGCGAGUGCGCGUGCGAGCAGAAGUACAAGUGGCACCGUCUCUUGGCCUACGACCCCGACAACGACUGCCGAGGGAUCUUCAUGGAUUGGUUCCUCUUCCCGUCUUGCUGUUCCUGUCGCUGCACUCCGCUCUAAGAAGUCGUCUCCAAGAAGUCGUCUCCAAGAAGUCGUCUCCAAGAGUCGUUCCUCUUUUGUGUGUGGGUGUGGGGGGGGGGAGGGGGGGAUUUCUUCGAUUUUUGAUUCCAAUCUCUCUGGAAGUCAUUUUUUCGCUUGAUUUUUUUUUUUUUUUUAUUCUUUCUAAAGUCGUUCCUUUCUAGAAGUCAUGUCUGAAAUCGCGUCCUUCUUUUUUUUUUGGGGGGGUGAUUUUUUUUUUUCUAGAACCUCUCCUCCCUAAAACUCAUUUCUAGAAUAAUUAUUUUUUUUUAGAACUUCCUCUUUCAAGAACCAGCCGUCUUUAGAUCUUGUGAACAUCCCUCUGGAAUCACUUCUCUUCGGACCUUCUUUCGUAAAAAAAAAAAAAAAACUCGUUGGAACUUUUUUGUUGAACCAAUUUUCUCUCUCCAAGGAGCACUUUCUAUCUAGAAACUACUUCCCACUGUAACUUUAUUUCUAGAUGUACUCCUCUGUAGGAUCUCUCUCUCGAAGUUGGAUCUUCUCUAAAAUCGUGUCCUUUCUAGAGAGAAUUCUAAUUACUCCUCUCUAGAUUCACCACUAGAAUUAUUCCCUUGAUGGAACGACCCCAAACUAGAACGAAUUAUUUCAAGAAGUAUUUUUAUUUCCUAGAGCAGUUCCUGUCUAGAAAAGCUCAUUUCUAGAAUGAUUCCUUUCUCGUCUCUAAAACGAGUCUUUUCUAGAAUUAUUUUCUAGAACAGGAUUAUUCUAGUUCUCUUGAACGAUUCGCGGAUUUAUAGAAGCUAAUUCCCCAUAUCAUAAGAUUUUUUUCUCUGUUCUUUCUGAUUCUCAUUCUCUUGUUAGCCGACUUUUUACUAUUAUUAUUAUUAUUAUCCCUCGUUUUAGACCUAAACCUGCUUAUUUUUUUCGGACUAUAUCUCAUUUUCAUUUCGAAAUUAUUCCAAUUAUUUAUAAAAUGUCUUCUCACUAUCUUCUCUGUAUGUUCAUUUACCUGCACUUGUAAAAUUUCUUUCGUAUUGCAAAAUAAGUACCUUUCAUUUAUUUCUGUUUAUUGGUUAAAUUCAAAGAACACGAUGCUGUAGUUUUGUAUUUCAUUCUGUAAUAAAUGGAAUCAUUUUGAGGAAUACAGUGAGA